AUGGAACGUCUUGCACGUCUUGCAUUUUUCUUGAAUAGCAUUGGUGUUGCAUGGGUUCAUUCCCACUGUGGAGCUGAGGCUUAUUUAGAAGAUCUUUGCGCUUUGAAUUUACGAAGAAUCAGCGUUCCUAACUCUGGACAGUUGUCUUCAGGAGCAUUGCAGCCAAGUCGGCAUGCAACAUACUUUUUUCACAAAACUGAUAGUUUGCUGAUAAGCUCUACUUAUGGAGUAGUUAUUAGUAUAAGGAAAAUACAUUUCAGACCUGGAUGCAGUGAUUACCUGAAAAUAGAUGAUGGCGUCCGGAAAGUGGCGCUGUGUGGGUCUAAGACCGAAGCUGACAAGAAUAUGCAGUUCUAUGGCAAGGAUAUCCAGCUGAACUACGUCACUGGAAGUGUAGGUGAAGAUAAGCAAAACUAUGACGGAUUUAUUCUUGACUACACAGGAUAUAAAAAUAGACCUUGUGAUGAAUUCACCAGCUUUCAAUGUAGUAAUGGACUAUGUAUUUAUGCGGGUUUGGUAAACGACGGAAGAAACAAUUGCGGAGACUUUAGUGAUGAAAACAUUUACAAGGGAAGAGUUUUUAAUAAAGGUAUCGUAGUAGUCAUUGCUCUCAUCUUCAUCUGCAUCUUAGGCGUUGUAGCGGGUGUAACUGUAUCUGCUAUUUUAACAGCGGUUCUAACGGACGUUUGGACAACAUGUCGCGCUGGUGCUUCAACGUUCCGAAAUCCAAGAAUUUGUUGUACCAGAGAAGGUGCUACAGCAGAUCUACUACUAUCCUGCUGCUAACAUUAACUUUCGAAUAAGCAUGGUCUAACACAUGUAUUAUCUUGCUUCAAGUUUAAAACCAAUAUGGUUUCAGAAUAAAGUGGUUUUGAA